GGCGCUGUUUCUAGCUACCAGAGACAAGUGCGCGUUACGCUGAAUUCUAAAUUCUUGCAUUUUUCAAGUCUAAACUGUUUACACGUACAAUGUACAUUAAUUUACGAAAUGACUCCCAGCACUGCUAUCGUAAAGUUUAUGUUUUGUCAUGUCCACAUAUUUAGAGAGUUCUGAUAAAGUUCCAGUCGUGCACUGUUUGCCUGGGAAGGUCAUAUCUUUGAACCCAAGAUCAUCGAGUUGACAGUAUGACUAGGAUUUGGACAGUGCAAAUGCCAAAAAUUGUUUCAUUACCUGAAUGAAGAGUUAGCAGCAUGUACCAAUCAGAAGCAGCUGUGAUGUCACACAUGAUGUCAUCAAUGUGGCUGAUCACAUUGGUAGGAUUGGUAUCAACCAACCUGACAUCCUCAACAGCAGGAUUACCUGAGAUUUCCUCAUUUAGUUCUGUGCUAGCCAAGCCCAAGUCUUCAUUUAGAAGUCCAGUCAUGAUGAGCUCUCAUCAAUCCAACUUUAUCCAGUCAACAGAAGAGCAAAUCCAGCCUUCAAGCCGAAAACUUCUUGCCUUGACAACAGCAACAGUUGCCAUGACAACAUCAAGUUUAACAUACCCAACACUGGAUCGUUCAUUUUCUACAAAUCCGUUCUGGCUGAAAGUAGAUGUUUCCAUUCAAGAGGACAUUGAUGUCAAACAAAGAGAUUUCAUUGUUGCCAUGGAGACCAGCCUUGCCGCUGCCUACUCAGAAGGAAAAGCUCUAAAAGAUGCACGUGCUACCGUGGUUCAAGAUCUGCUGGAGCAACUCAAUCCUGACAAUGACCCUUUGCUGAAUGUACGAAGAAAAAGGGCUGUUACUGUUGAUGGCAACACAGCACAGGUGAUUGAUGUGUCACGUGAUGUCAGCUACCCAGAAAGUGCUGUUUUGGUGUUCUAUAUAGCAGAGGGUGAUACCAGUAUACCUGCAGGGGAGUCCAAGGCAAUAUUCAGUGAACUGACCCUCCAGGAGUUGACAUUUUAUCUUCAAGUAGUGGUCCAAUCCUUUCCAACUGAGUUUAUUGAAGCAGUUGUCAUAACAACGAGUCCGCCUCCUGAUUUGACCCCUCUCUGGAUUGUGUUGGGUGUCUUUGGUGGUCUUGCUUUGAUGUUUUGUGGAUGCUGCUGUUGUUUCUUUGUCUGUCGUAUCUGUUGUCGUCCUCGACCGAAAUCGGCCCGUGAUGGACCAAUGGAUAUGGAUACUUUGAAGAUGCUGCAACAUAAGCAGAAGUACCCCUACAGACCCUACAAAAGUCCUAACCAGACACCACGAGGAUUUGACAUUGCCAAGGAGACGGAUGGUACUGUGGAUGCAGUGAUUGCUAAGGAAACCAGCAGUGCCGGUUCCAAAGUCAGACUACAGAGUAGUGGAACUGGAUCGAUCCUCAAGAAGCAGUUGACUGCAGUUAACGCUGCAAGGCUGGAUGCGGAUGCAUACUCUUCAUCUUCUUCCUCUGACCUCAGUCUUCAUGGUAAUGACCUUGCAGUGCCCCCUCUAGAGUUGAACUCCCUCAAGGAAGGGGCAGCCAAGAAGACCCUUGCAGUGAAUGGGGAAGAUGCUUUCCAUAAAGCUGCAUCAUCGCUAGAUUUGAAUUCAAGUGAGAGAAGUCACCGAUCAAGUGGGAGGAACCAGCCAAGAUUGCUGCCUCUGAGAUCACAAAUAGGCCAUAAUGGGGAUGAGUGGAAUUUGAAGUCAGGUCAUAGGUCAGGAAGGUCAUCUAGAAGAGACUCACCUCAUUCACUCUCUACAUCUCGUGAGGCAGAGGAACUAAGGCGCAUCUACCGUGAAGCUCAGCGAGAGAUUUCACGAGUCUUGGAACCAGACAUAAUACCUGACCAAUCAGAUCGGACGUAUGUUGCUCCCGAAAGGCGCUCAAAAUCACAAGGCAAGUCCAGUAAACGAAGAAACAAGAUGCAAGAAAGUGAUUUUGGAGGGAGGACAUCUGACCCAAUAUUACCUGAUACUCACUAUGCAAGGAAAGCUAGCAAGAGACAGACGUCUGGACAAAAACGACCAGAAGCUCUACAGGAAGCAAGGAGAAGAGUUCAUGACCUGAUUGAUGAAGCUUUCUCAUUGGUUGGUUUGCCAAAGAAUGCUGUCUCCCCAGCUUUACUCUUUGCAACCAGUAACACACCCAUAGCAACAAAACAAGAGGAACAAACAAGCAAAACCAAAGAUAAUCAGAGUUUAUUUCAGAGGAAAAUAUCGGACUCUAUGAACAGUUCAGCUGCUGAUGUCAAAGAGAAAGAGUUAGAUCCUUCCUUGGGAGAAGUUGGUAAUAAGAUGCUUAGGGGGAGAGAUUUUGAAGAGAAAACGACAGGUGUUGUGAUUGUACCUGUAACACACCAACCAGACAGAGCAGCUGGUAUUGUCUGGAAUCCGUACAGUACAGAGGAUGACUUCAUACAGCUUCAAAAAUCUCAACAGCUGAUGUCGGUUCCUGGAGGUGUAGAGGAUACGCAUCAUCCACACCAACCUACUAGUCAUCUCUCCAUGCCUCAUCCUGUCAGUGUUCCUGAGACCUCGCCAGAAACAUGGGGUAAAGGUAUAACAUCAUCUGGACAAAGCCAAAGAAAGCUGUCAGACAGCAAAGAGAGAAAGCCGUCAACUGGCUUGAGAAGGCUUUCAACUGAUUCAAACAUUUCAAAGCAACAGAGCACAGAUCCUGAUGAGCCCUAUUUGGAUACAUGUGUCAAGAGUAACUUGAACAAUGAACUACGUGGAACAUUUACUUUGUCACCGCACUCAGAUGAUCCUGCAGUGACUGAGAAAGGCCCUUUUACAUUGGCACUUCACCGAUCUUCAAACGAAGAACGUAAUUCUCCUGAACCAGAUUAUGGAAAAGGUAACUUGUUGUCAACAUUGUCUAAGGAGCGUGGUGUAGGGAAGCCAAUAGCAGAUGGUUAUGAUGAGUUUGAUGUAACCAGAGAUGUUGUAAGCAGAGAUAAAUCAGGUCAGCUGGUAGCAGCAAUCCGGGAUGAGUUAGUUAGACUUGCAAAGAAAAGUGGACAACAUGAAAGCAGUUCCUGAUCUUGUUAAAUCUAUCUCAUCUGAAAUAACCAACCUGCUUAGUCGUACCUAGUUAUUAUCUUUCAUUGAUAAAUACCUCAGACAGUCUCCCUAUUCAGUGUGCAACAUGAUCAUGUAUUAACAUUUGAUAAUGCCCGCUGAGAAGUGAUAAUGCCCACUACAUAAAACAUUGGCUAGCACCUGGAUUCGAGACAGUUUACACCAUCCCUAUUGGUCAAGAGUCUGUGUGUGACGCAGGAUGCAGAAUGCACCACGUGCACGCCAAACAAUACAUCAGGAGAUUCGAUUGGACAAUAUGUAAAAGGAAUAUAUCAUAAAAUGAAUAAGAGUUUUCAAGAAAAAUGAAAGUGAAAUUAUAGAACAAAAUUGUUUGAAAUCCAUCAUAUAUGAACUUCUGUUGACUCUCUAAAUAAAAAGGUAUUUAUGAAUGGAAAUAAAUGUGUGCUUGGCCGGUCUUAAACUAACCCUUAAGACCUUGCUCAGGAAAACGAACACUGACAAUGCCCUUGCCGUAAUUGCAUCCAUUCUCCUGAGCCGUCGUUUAAGACCCGCCAGCACAUAAUUAUUCCCUUAUUUAAAUCCAUUGCUAUUCAGCGAUCAACUGAAAUUUUCAAAUUAGACAAAAUAGUUUGAUGGAACUGUUUAGAGCAGAUUGUUGAGUGAAGGUGAAGAAACUGUUUUCAGACUUAAAAAUUCCUGAGAAAACCAUUCAGGAAAGCCAUUUGGUGGGUCAGAACUUGACUCCUGGUCACAAAAGUGUUAAUCUAAGUACCUACAGGGGUAACUUGAGGGCGAUGUUAGGUUUAAAUCAGUCCAAGGAUACCUGCCAAUGGCUGGAUGUCAGUGAAUAAUCAUAUGAAUACAUGUACACUGCAAUUGAAGGCUUGUUGCAGUGUUGUAGUUGAGACCACUUAACCCCUUGACGACAGG